AUGGCCGCUCUCUUCGCUUCCUAUCCUGCGAGAGGCUGGGGCCUGGAGCCUCGUGCCGAGGAGCCCAGCAGGCUGUGCAUCGUGCUGGAGCUGUGCAGGGGUGGAGAGCUCUAUGGCCGGCUCGUGCAGCACGUCAAGAAGGCAGGACGUGGCGGCGGGCUGGAUGAGCAGCUGUCGCGGCACCUGUUCAGGCAGAUGCUGCACGCGGUCGGCUACCUGCACAGCAAGCGCAUCGUGCACCGCGACAUCAAGACCGAGAAUUUCCUGCUGGUGGACGAGGACGGUUGGCCACAGGGGAACGUGCUGAAGCUGUGCGACUUCGGAACGUCCUGCCGCCUGACCGACGACAAGCCGAGGUCCAUGGAGAACAUCGGCACCCUCUCGUACACCGCCCCCGAGAUCUACGAGCAGCGUGGAGCAGAUCUCGCCGCUGAUUGCUGGUCCUUGGGGGUGGUGCUCUACGUCAUACUGACCGGCACGAACCCCUUCAGGCUGCCGGGGAAGACCUGCAAGGAGGACGUCAUCAAGCGCAUCAAAGCAGCCGAUUUCGAGGACGUGGUGCGGAGGCUGCUGGUGCUGGACGAGGCGGAGCGGCUGACGUGCACGCAGGCCCUGCAGAGCCGCUGGGCCGCUGGCUCCGACAGGCAUUAUUCCAAAGUGGAUUCUGUCGACAGCCUCGAGCUCGCUGCACAUGUCCCCGCCCCGCCGCGCGCCAAUCUCCUUGGGCGGUGGUCCUGUGUUGCAAGGCAGCACUGACGCGGAGCGCAUGCCGUGUCAGGUUUGCUUUGCUUGUGGCAGUUGGAUUCUGCAUGCAGUG